GUGUGUGCUGCUGGCUGCCUCCGCAGCGACAUCAUGCCGUUGGAGCGCUAGACACUCCGUUUUUAAAGGGCUAGCCUCACCGUGCUGUGCAGUUCUCUCUCUCUCUCUCCCCCUGCCUGCUGUGUGCUGCUGAUUCAUCACGAUUAGUUGGUUAGCCAGCCAGCCAUAGGCUACAUGCACAAGCCAUGUCAACCAGACUGAGUGGGGGCUUUCUAAGCUAAAGUAGACAAAGAAAGGGCUUGCUUGUCAUACAUAGGCUAGGCUAUAGCAUCGCGCUACAGCGCAGAGAGAAUACCAUGUGCGAUGGUUGGGAAUGUUUUUGAUAACUUAAUUGCGAGAUAGAUUGUUCAUAUCGAGAGCUACGGGGGGAUUGGGAAUCCCCCCCCCCCUGGUUUUCAGAAAUCAGACAUCGUAAAUCGGUUUACAUAGAGUAGCCUAGCUAGAGGAGGAGGGUAUAUCGUGUAUUCUAGGUGUGUAGCCGAGUUGGAACUGUCUAGAAAACGUGAUUAUAGGUUAGGUGUCUGGAGAGAUUCAGAGCAGAACUGUCCGAGUGUUCGGGUGCUGAAACGGAAGCAACCGGAGCGGAAAAACGGGCCGCUCUGGAUAAGGACGCAACAACCGCGAGCGCGGUCAGCGUGUGUCUGUCUGUUGCUAUUUCAGAGGUGUUUUCAGAGGGAAGUGGUUCUCGUGGCAUGACGACCACUAAUAAGGGAAACAAGGCCUUGAAGGUGAAGAGGGAGCCGGGGGAGAAUGGGACCACCCUGACAGAUGAUGAGCUGGUGACUAUGUCCGUCCGGGAGCUCAACCAGCACCUCCGCGGCCUCACCAAGGAUGAGAUCCUGCAGCUUAAACAGCGCCGGCGAACCCUGAAGAACCGUGGCUACGCCGCCAGCUGCCGGGUCAAACGGGUCACCCAGAAGGAGGAGCUGGAGAAGCAGAAGUCACAGCUUCAACAGGAAGUGGAUAAGUUGGCAUCGGAGAACGCCAGCAUGAGGGCGGAGCUCGAUCACCUGAGGUCGAAGUAUGAGGCGCUACAGAGUUUCGCAAGGACUGUGGCGAGGAGCCCGGGGUUGGGGUUAGGGGUCGGGGGUCAGAGGGGAGGUGGUGGGGUUGGGUCGGUGAUCGGGCCGCUCAUACCGGGGAAAGUGGCAGCGACGAGUGUCAUCACGAUAGUGAAGUCGAAAACAGAUGUGCGGUCUUAGUAGCGGGCUGGGUGAAGGAGGGAUGAGGGAAAGGAGAGGAGAUGAGGAGAGGAAGCUAAUUAGGACUAUUUAAAAUGAAACCAUUGGUCAGUGCAUCGUCAUUGAGCACAGGACAGAAUUAAUCAGGUGAGGUGGCCCCCCUUUGAGAAAAUAUCACGCCAUGGAUAGUAGUUACUGUGUUUCUACUGUUAUUUUGUAACUGUGUGUUGUACACGAGGUCCAAAGUUGUAAUUUCUAUGUAAUGUAGUUAUGCGUGUGUUAUGUCAUGGAAUACUAUGAAUUUCAUCCGUGGCCGACGUUCGUUUUGGUAUCAUUCUAUUUGGCCGUGUUUUCACUGAUUAAUUUUUAAUUUUUUUACCCAACAGCCUUUUGUACUCACAGGCACAUCCUCGUUCUGCAGAAACAGCUUGCAGAGCCAUCAAAUUAAACAAAAUGUUUCAUAAAAUGACAGAGGAUGGUAUUUUGUAAACAGGGAAGUUUGCAGGCUCAUUGCACAAAAUUUGUACUUUUCACCCCUUUUUCGUGAUAUCCAAAUUGGUAGUUACAGUCUUGUCCCAUCACUGCAACUCCCAUACGGACUCAG